AUGACCUCCUCGACACUCAUCAGAUGUCGCUGUGUUAAUUGCCUGGAAUCUUCAAAUGACAAGGAUCAACCUGGACGCUUAUGGAAACGCAGUUCCACAACCUAUAAAGCCCAUCAAGCGUCAAUUAAAAAAACCCGCAGCCUUCUGGCUGGGCCCAAGGAGAGUAAUCUUACGACCCUGCAAGCUGACCGUACCAUUGAUGCGGUGGAUGGUAUAGUCGCGGAUGAUUCACAUUCUUCUUUGACUCAAAUUCCUCCAGCUGAAAAGACCAUUUCACAUCUCGACAUAUCACACUUGAAGCAAAUGGGCAAUCCACCACGUCAAAAACAAACUGGUAGCCAUUUUCAGCCCAAAUGGAAUGGUAUGAGCGUAGAGUCAGGCAAGUACCAUGCCAAUUUCUCCUCCUAUAGAGUAUUUUUCCUGAUUCAAGUUGUUUUUCAUGGAAAUGCAGGUCAAUACAAUAUGAAUUACUAUGAUCAAUUCAAAAAAUUUGACCCACUGACCACAGCGAUGAACCUUGUAAUGGUAUGUCUGUAUCUGUUUGAGCAUAUUGGCAUGGCAGUUGCUACACUUUGCCUUCACGUGAACAAUUCAGUACCGAGUUCCAGUAAUCACACAGCUGGUUUAUUCCCAAAGGUUGGCGCGAAACUCGCUCAAGUCGCAAGUGCAAUGAACCUCUAUUUAAACAAGCAAAGGUUGGCGAAGAUGAAGAAAAUCACCAUGCAAAUAGAUACUUCUCAACAGUCGCUUUCACCGAAUGCCUUAGGAUUGAUGUCAAAGAAAAGAAGUACCUCGUCGCAACAGGAAGCCAGCCAAGCAGAAGAGGAUGAGUCUGACACAUUCGAGCAAGAGCUUAAAGAUUUUGAUUCCGACAAUGGUGAUUCCGAUGAUGAUGAUUCUGAGUUUCAAGGAUCAGAAUGCAGCGGUGAUCAAAUUUCAACCGAAUCAAACUCUGAAUGCAGCAACACCUUAUAUCCAACAAAAGACAAUCUAUCGUUCGCAUUCGGAAAAAUGGCACUCGAAUACAAUACUGUACUUGACGCUGAUCAAGAAACUCAUGGCAAUGAAUCUAAACCACAUCAUUUCACAGGAUUCUCAGGCGAAGUGACAAGGGAUGAAGAGGAGGAAGAAGAGCUCUCUGAUUAUGAAGAGGUUGAUGAAGAGUACAAUCAUAUCUUCAACGAGAAGAAACAUCUGGAUACACUGAGAGAAGUUAUAGGACAGGUCCUGCUCCCAUCUUGGAUCGGCAGAGUGCCAAAGACGGUAGGAUCGAGCAAAGGUGGCAAAUUGAAAGCAGAUGAAUGGGUUAUAUUAUACGAGAUCAUGAUAAUCCCGGCCUUUAUACUUUUCUUCAAUAGGAAAGGUGAUAAUUCACCCAUCACAGAUCACAAAAUUGUUCGAAAUGCUCUUCAUCUGAUCAGUAUCCUUAAAAUUGUGCGUAGAAUUGAGGUACAAAGUAGAGAUCUGGAGGCUUUGAAACACCACAUAAAAAGCUAUCGACACGGACUCUCUGAACUAUUUACUGCACUCUCAGUUACUCCAAAUCUGCACAUGUUACUCCACAUUCCCCAGGUAGUCAGGGUUUUUGGUCCUGCACCUUACUGGACUGCUUGGUCAUUUGAAGCAACGAAUGGAUCAUUGGCCAAAAUUCCAACUAACAACCAUGAUAGCUCUAGAGAGUACACAAUCCUGAAUAAGUGGACAAUGGCUCAAAAUAUGCGAUGUGUACUCCCAGACCUAUGCAGACAGCUCCCCAAACAAACCGCAGCAAAUGUCUCAAAAUUUAUUUCACCAAAGUGUACAGACGGAAGUCCUUCUGCCUACCUUCGAGAAGGAAAGUGUGGUCCACCAAAUCUGAAGUAUAAUCCAAAGAAGAACGAAACACUGGAUUAUGAUACACACCUCCUUCUUCUGAGUCGCAUGAAAGAAAUAUACGGCGACGAGGCUGUGCUUUCCACUGACAUCUACAAAAAAUCUCAGCACAAGGAAGAUGCAAUUGUCAUAUCCAGAUGGGUCAAUCAAUUGCCUUCACAUAUUUGGUUUGACAUCUCUCGAUAUACUACUUUGACGGCAGCUCAUCAAAAGAAGCACGGGUUCAAUGAUUGGCCACACUCAGGAUUAACUGUUGUGUACAAUAGAGAGAAAAAGAAAGAUGUGGUACAAUUGAAUGAGAUUGUUAGUCACGGCGCUUCUUGGAAAACCCCGCAAGGCUGCUUUGGGAUCAAAGACCCUACAUUGCUGAUUGUCAACUUAUCAAAAACCUCGUGUACUGCAGCUUGA